GUGCUUGAUAUUUUUUUUUACCAUUGGAGUUGCUCUAAGAGCUGUUGUCAUAUGUUAUUUGAUUCCGGUUCAAAACCAUUGGCCUAGUCUACUACUCUGGCUAAGUUCACAAGUGUGCAACUUGUCAGAGGUGGGAUUCUCUUAGUAUUUUAACUCUGAAAAUAGGUUAUUAUAUUGUCAACCUUCUCUCCUUGGGAAUGGAAGUGCCUGCUUGGCUGAUUUUGGAAACUUCUGCUGAGCUCCUUUUUUGGUAAAAUUUAUUAAAUUGGGAGUGAUGUUUGUUACCUAUUAGCCUUGACAAUUAGGAGCAAAAAGGAUUCCUGAUCCGUAAAUCCAUGAGAUCGGUUUUAUUUAAGUACACCAAUGAGUCAAUGACUUUGUUUGCUAACGAGGCGUCUGUAUUUGCUUUGCCUACAUUCUUACAAGAUCUUGUCAAGAUGAUUCCUUUCAUCUCAACUUUUUUUUUUUUUUUUGAUUUGUUGCCAUUAGUUUCUGUAGAUGAACUUGAUAAGUUGUUGAGAAGAGAUCAAAUCCUUUCUAUGAACACAAGUUCUUAAGUAGCAUUUCUUUUUGUGCCUCUCAUAAUGUGUGAGAGAAAAUGGAAACAUGACAGUUUAACAUGAAAAUAUAAUUGGUCAUUGGUAUGUUGAUCAAGAGCUACUUAACUAUUUGGCAUUAAUCUCCAUUUGCUUUGUCUCGGAAGGGGCUUAUUCUGUUGCUGCUAGUGUAAUAAGUUCUCUAAUGAAUUUGAAUUAGCGAAGUUAGUAACUAAGUAAGCAAAACUGCUUAGCAGUUAGCACCGUCCAUAAAGCAUGGGUCUAAAAUUUGGUGCUUGACAACCAGGGGCUGGUGAGAAUGUGAGAUUCAGUCUUUGAUAGCCAAUUUCGUCACUAAGGGAGACAUUGCCAUGUGAACUUUGGGUUCUUAUGACCCAAUAUAUUAUCCUUGAGUGACUAGAUUAUUCUUAAGUUUAGUUGAUUACUUGUUUGCUUUGGAUAGCUUUUUCUCAUUUGUCUGUCUUAGAGACCACUUAGAUUUGUUUCAAUCGGUAACGAUUUUGGUAAUUGCUUUAUCACUUUGAUAAUUGAGUGAUUAUUUUGCAAAUCAAAGAAGCUGCCCCCCUUUCUCUCUCUCUUAGAUGCUUUGCUUUACUCUCUGAGUGAUUCCACUAUGUUUCAGCAUGUUUCCUGGCUAGCUCCCAAGGAAAAUUUGCUCUGUUGCUCAUGUCGUCUUUAGCAUUAUGAGGUAAGGUAAAAUAACACGUGCACAAGAAUCCCGCAGUGGACGGGGUCGAAGACAUGAAUUGAACUUUACCUCGAGGUUGCACCCUUACAAUUCCAUCACUUGACCACAUGUUCGCUUGUAGUAGCAACGGAAAAUUUAUAAAAGGUCUAGUUGGUUGGAGCCAGUUCUUCCAAUCGAGAGACCAAGUUCGUCUCACCAUAUAUUAUAUACAUUGUAAGGGGUGCAAGCCUCCCUCCUCCCAAAGUUUAUUCCAGGAUAAUCUCACCUCAUAUAUCGUUCACAUUUUACAGCUGGCUCGAGAUUUUUUUUCUCUGUUCACUGGGCUAGUUGUGUAUGAGUGUGAGAGCUGUAUUUGCAUGACAGUGUAUAUGGUUUCAGGGGAGACAAGUCUCUAAGUUCUAACCUGCAAAGUGCAUCCUUUUUUUUUGAUGCAUUAUUCUAUACUUUCUACUAUCGGUCCCAACUAUAAAAAUAAGAAGGAAAAGUUGCUGUCUAAUUGGAUGUUUGUCGUAUCAUAUGUGGUUUAGACAAUAUGGAGUCUACUAAAAGGAAUCAGGAGUGAUUAUUCUACUCCCAAGUUUAUUUCCACUCGUGUCAACACUGUAAACGUCUGAUGACAAAUAUUGUGUAGAGAUUAAAAACCAGCUUUUGUAUUGAUUAAAGACUGUCUUUGGAUUUGUAUACCCUAAUCGGACGGCUGCACGAUGGGCCACAUCAACUUCUUGUGUACAGUUGGAUUAAAUACCAAAUGCUGAUUAAAAUAAAAGAUUAGGGAAUGUUUUAUAAGGUGGUGGGGUAUGUAGAAGAAAGAUUUAAGAGAGGUGGAUAGAUUAGAGAAGAAAAGGUCGGAUGCAAAGAUAAAGAAAGGGUGGAUACGUGAAGGCCGUGUUUGGGAACUCGAACCUUAAAAGUCUGCUCCAUAGUCUUGACCAUCAAAUUCAUCAAAAUUCCAUUUUUAAUACUUCUUAAGCUGUAGACUCUCACUUUUCCAAUUCACAUUCCCACUUCCCUCUCACAAUCUCUAUACUACCUUCUUACGUACUUACUACAGAGGAACCUCUAUUGUUCAAAUCUAUACUACACAAAAAGCUCUCAUAUCUCUCUCAAAAAUGAAGCUCUUUAGCUGGAUGAAUAAUAAGCUAAAUGGCAAACAAGGAAGCACAAAGUCAAAUACAGUACCAGUCACUAAUCAUGUGAAGCAAGAGGCAAGGGAAGAAUUCAGUGACUGGCCUCAUGGAUUACUGGCAAUUGGGACUUUUGGUAACAAUGAAAUUAAAGAAAAAGUGGUGGAUAUCCAAGAGGAGGAUCCAUCUUCUUCUGAUGAUCUACAUGACUUCACUCCUGAAGAAGUUGGAAAACUGCAAAAAGAAUUGACCAAACUGUUGUCUCGAAAACCGAAAACCGAAGUUGAGAAAGAAGUUAUUGCCAACCUCCCAUUGGAUAGAUUUCUUAAUUGUCCUUCGAGUUUAGAGGUUGAUCGCAGGAUUAGUAAUGCGAUUUGCAAUGAUUCUGAUGAUAAAGAGGAAGAAAAUAUUGAACGGACUAUCAGCGUGAUACUCGGUAGAUGCAGAGAUAUAUGUGCGGACAAUAAAAAGAAAGCGAUCGGGAAGAAAUCAAUUUCUUUUCUUCUCAAGAAAAUGUUUGUUUGCAGUAGUGGGUUUGCACCUCAACCCAGCUUGAGAGAUACAUUUCAAGAAUCCAGAAUGGAAAAGCUUCUGAGGACAUUGCUUCACAAGAAGAUCAAUCCUCAAAAUCCUCCACGGCCAUCCUCGAUGAAGAAAUUUCUUGAAGACAAACCGACGCAGAAGAGGCAAAAUGAAGAAGAAGAAAUACAAGAGAAAAACAAUGAGGGAUGUAAAUGGGUCAAGACUGAUUCUGAAUAUAUUGUUCUGGAGAUUUAAAACUGCCUGCAUCUUUGAUGAGUGUUUGGUUCCCAGAUUCACGAUGGGUUUUUUCUUCGUUGGAUUCUACAAGGUAUCGUGGAUUAGAGCUGGAAUUUGGAGUAAAUAAUCAUCAAUAAGUUAGAUUUUUAUCUCAGCACCUGAUUAGUCCACAGAAACAUUUGAUGUAUACACAAUUGUAUUUGUGUAUUUUUGUUGGUGGGUGCUGUUGUCUCCCACCUUUUUUCAUGUGUUUGUAUUGUGAAAACAAUACAAACACAUGUUAUGUGGUCCAUCAAAUUAUAAAUCUGCGUUCUGGGAAAGCUAGACAUAUUUCAGUAUGUAUUUCCUAGUAUAAGGCUUUUUGAUCCUUGUAAGAUCAUUUGUAAGUGAA